AACCUGACCUCGUCAAGUCCGUCAUUCAUUCCGUUAUCCACGCCCUCUAAAAACCAAAUCCAAAACCGGACACACCUUCACAAACGAAACGACGUUAAUCAUCCCGUUUUCAUUCUUCACAACUCUCAACUCUCUCAUCCUCCUCACCACUCUCUCUUUCUCUCUGUUUCACAAACUCAAUCAAUCAAUCUCUCUCUCUGUUUCUCAAACUCAAUCAAUCCACUCAACUUUCUCCUCCUCCGACACGACCCAAAUGGAUCCCAACCCGUCCAACUUCCCCAUCCUCUCCUACGUCAUGAACCGCCUCCCCUCAUUGGGGACCAAGCACACCGCACCCACCACCCCCAUCGCCUCUGAAUUCCAUUCCAUCCACAUCGACGCCCACCCACAACUACCAUCCAAAUUCUCCACCGAUCCAUCCUCCUCCUCCUCUCAAACCACGAUCGUUGACCACAUGCCUCACUUGACCGACCCCAAGGUCCUCGCCGCCAUGACCCGGGCCAUCUCUGACGUCUCCCAGACCCGCUCCGUUCUCAAAACCCUCGGCGACCGCCCCGACCACGACGCCGUCGACGUUUCCAAGGCCAGGCUCGCCGCCGUCGAUUCCGAUUUGGCAAAGAAGCUAGAGGAGCUCGUUCUCUCGCCCCGCCCUGCUGACGUCGACCGACUCCAGUGGCGGGCCCACCUUGCGGAGAGAGAGCAGGAGUGCCGCGAGUCGGCGGAGAAGGAGAAGCAAGGUUACAAGGCGAUUGUGCAGCUGGAUGAGUUGCACUCCGCCUACGAGAAGCUUCUCAAGGACGCCGAGCAGAGGCUCGUCAAGAUUUACGAGUCGGCCGAGGCCGGCGUCGUCGUCGAAGAUGACAAGGUGGAGGAGGAGGGUUUGACCAGCGACCAAGUCCAUGAGGAGGUGGUGGGGAUUCUACAGGAGGCCUCCGGAACCGAGCUGGACAGGGUCAACCUCUCCGGUCGGCGGUUGCGGUUCUUGCCCGAGGCCUUUGGCCGGAUUCGCGGUUUGCUUAUGCUCGAUCUUUCCAAUAAUGAACUCCAGGUAAUUCCUGAUUCAAUAGCUGGAUUAGAGAAGCUUGAAGAGCUAAAUUUGUCUUCGAAUCUUCUGGAGACACUGCCAGACUCAAUCGGGAUGUUGCAGAAUUUGAAGUUCCUGAGUGCCUGCGGGAACAAGCUAAGUGCCCUUCCUGACUCUAUCUGUCAAUGCAGGUCAUUGGUGGAGUUGGAUGUGAGCUUCAACGGCAUCACAUACUUGCCAACCAACAUUGGUUUUGAGUUGGUCAAUCUACAGAAGCUUUCUAUCCAAUUAAACAAAAUACGUUCCCUUCCCACCUCUGUCUGUGAGUUGAGGUCCUUGCGCUACUUGGAUGCUCACUUCAAUGAGCUCCGCGGCCUUCCUCUAGCCUUUGGCCGGUUGACCGAUCUUCAAAUCCUCAAUCUCGGCAGUAAUUUUACCGAUCUCACAGAGCUGCCCGACACUUUCGGUGAUUUAACCAACCUCAAGGAACUUGACCUCAGCAACAAUCAGAUUCAUGCUCUUCCAGAUACUUUUGGCCGCCUGGACAAUUUGACCAAACUUAAUGUGGACGGGAACCCUCUUGUGCUUCCACCCCCGGACGUAGUUCAACAAGGUGUGGAAGCUGUCAAGGUUUUUAUGGCCAAGAGAUGGUUAGAGAUACUGGUGGAAGAAGAAAGGAAGAGCAUGCUUCAAGUACAAGAACGAGAAGAAACAGGAUGGUUGACACGCAGCACUUCCUGGUUGAAGGAUUAUGUUUCUGGUGUGUCUGAAUAUAUUGGAUCUCCAAGAACUGCUAGAGACCCUAUUCUUGACCAGCAGCUAUGAUUUCGUGCAACGGCUCUUUGCUGCACAAAAUUUGUCUUGCUAUUCCUUUCUGUUUCUUUUGUUCAGUUUCUUUUUACUUCUAUUUCCUGUAUCCAUUCUACCUUGGGAGAGGUGGAAACCUUAUAAAGUUUUGUUCUUUCAGUGAAAUAGUUGUGAGAUUUGAGGUUUGCUUCAUGGUAAUAUGUAGAAAAGCUUGUGUCCUUUAUAAUUAUGUAGUUUUAGUUGAACUUUC